UGCCAUCACAUUGACAUGUGAAAUUGUGAAUGCUAUCAAUGUUGAUGUGGUAGAAUUUGUUUCCAAUCUGUGGUCCUGUUUCGGUAUUGUGAACGCACUCCCUCACGUCUAGUCUGCACUUUACUUGUAGAGUUUGCCAGCUGGGCGGUUCCAAUACUUAAAUUUGUACUUUAGUGUUAAUAUUACGCGGUUAGUGAAUUUCUUCGUUAUAGUUCAUAUUACCAGUGCCUAACACACAAACUUUUAUGUUUGAUCCUCUGCCAGCUGCGACAGACCCAAUUCCAAAACAGGGCUAGACAGGGCGAUGUUCCUAUUGUCUGGUGUCUGAGCUGAUGGCGUGACUGCGCGUGUCUGGUGCAGAGAGGAGCCGCGGUGAGGCGGGGCGAAGGGCGAAGGGAGGGCUCUAUAUGGCACAUCCGGAGCCAUGAAGGUGGACGCCGAAGCUAAGGACGCGCCCGCCGCGCCUGCCGUCACCCCCGGAACCUCCAUCGCUAGUAAUACAGACUCGCCUGUGUCAUCUCUGGACGGGUUCCUAACGUCGGAGACAGCGGACGUAAUCCCGACGCCCGACCGGGCGCUGCUCGCCAAGCUGGAGGAAGCCAACAGGCAGAUCGAGGCGGACGUCAAGAGCCUAGUGCUCAACACAGUGCACAGCCGGAAGAACUCCGAUACCUCUCAAAUAUCUUUGGCCUCUGGCACCAGCUCAAGCUAUGAGCCCGAGGCUCGAGUCGGCGGGAAUGGCGAGGAGGAUCUCUGGAGCACGUGGGGCCGCAUCGUCAACAACUGGGAAACCGAAUGGAAGCGGAAAAACCAGUUCGUUCGCGACCUGGUGCGGCAAGGCGUACCCCACCAUUUUAGGGGCAUCGUGUGGCAGCUAUUGGCCGGUGUGGACUCUUCACCGGAGAAGAAGCUUUAUGCAUCGUAUAUUAAGGCGAAGUCAGCUUGUGAGAAAGUGAUUCGCAGAGACAUUGCACGCACUUACCCAGAGCACGAUUUCUUCAAAGAAAAGGACGGCCUAGGCCAAGAGUCCCUUUUCAACGUCAUGAAAGCCUACUCGCUGCACGAUCGUGAAGUGGGGUACUGCCAAGGAUCUGGCUUCAUUGUUGGACUAUUACUUAUGCAAAUGCCUGAAGAAGAGGCGUUCGCGGUAUUGGUGAAAAUUAUGCAGCAGCACCGUAUGCGCGACAUGUUCAAACCGAGCAUGGCCGAGCUCGGGCUCUGCAUGUUCCAGCUCGAGAACCUGGUCCAAGAACUGCUACCAGACUUGCAUGUCCACUUUCAAUCACAGAGCUUUAGCACAUCGAUAUAUGCGAGCAGUUGGUUCCUGACGCUAUUCACGACAACCCUCUCGCUCCCACUGGCCUGUCGCAUCAUGGACGUCUUCCUGUCCGAAGGAAUUGAGAUUGUGUUCAAAGUAGCCCUCGCUAUGCUCACGCUUGGUAAAAAUGACCUCCUUUCGCUUGAUAUGGAGAGCAUCCUCAAGUAUAUACAGAAGGAAUUGCCAGCGAAAACAGAGGCCGACCAGGAUGCGUUCAUGAAUUUAGCUUACUCGAUUAAGGUUAACCCCAAAAAAAUGAAAAAGCUAGAAAAAGAGUACACGGUUAUAAAGACCAAAGAGCAGGGAGAUAUUGCGGUGCUCAGGUGUCUAAGACAAGAGAAUCGUUUGCUGAAGCAGCGAGUGGAGCUCCUCGAGAAGGAGAGCUCCGCGCUGGCCGAGCGGCUGGUCCGCGGGCAGGUGGACCGCGCGGAGGGCGAGGAGGAGACGUUCGCGCUGGCGCGGGAGGUGCAGGCGCUGCGCCGCGCCAACGUCGACGCGCAGCAGCGGCUCGCCGUCAUGCAGGACGAGAUACGCUCGCUCGAGAUGACCAUAGCCGAGAACAACUCCCGGCAAUCAUCCCUCGAGGGCACAGAAGGGCAGGGCAGCGACGAGCUGGCCCGCUGCCUGCAGCGCGAGCUGGUGCGGGCGCGGCUGCACGCCGCCGAGCGCGAGGCGGCCGAGCGCGAGCUCACCGCGCGCAUCGACGAGCUCGAGAACGAGAACAAGAGCCUGCGGCGGCAGCGCGUCGACAAUAACGUCGCUCACCUGCAGGACGAGCUCAUUGCCGUGAAGCUACGUGAAGCCGAGGCUAACUUAUCGCUGAAAGAUUUGCGUCAACGAGUCACCGAGCUUUCUGAAUCAUGGCAGAGGUAUCAGCAAGAACACAGACAAGAACCUACCACGGCGCCGGUACAGUCCAACGUGGUGUCCGACAUCAUGGCGACACCGAAGAAACUGCUCAGGGCGUGGGAGGGCCGCUCCGCCGACAUGCAGAAACUCGACGAGGACCUCAUGAACACAAGGAUACGGGAGGUCGAGGCGCUCACUGAGCUCAAGGAGGCCAGGCUUAAGUUGAUGGAGCUAGAGACGCAAGUGCACGUGUCGACCAAUCAGCUGCGGCGGCAGGACGAGGAGGCGCGUGAGCUGCGCGAGAACCUGGACGCGGCGCUGCGCCGCGAGCGCGCGCUGCAGGCGCGCCAGCGCGAGUUCCAGCACAAGUACACCGACCUUGAGAGCAAGGCGAAGUACGACUCGAUGCAAGCUAACAUUAGAAAUAUGGAGGACGCACAAAGGAUAGCAGAACUAGAAACAGAAGUGUCCGAGUAUAAACUAAAGAAUGAAGUGAUGGCAACUGAAGGAGAGCUUCGGAAUAAUAUGGACGACACUGAACGCGUGCGGGAGCUUCAAGAACAAGUCGCGGAACUUAAAGCAGAGGUCAUGAGGCUAGAGGCUUCCAAAGCGCGAUCCUUGGGUCUCAGCCACAAAUCAGUCAUCAUCCGCAACAUCUCCUUCGAAGACGACCCAUUAGACUUGGAAGAACUCAACAAAAACUAAAUUUAAUUAUUUCAUACGACCUCCCUAACAGUUGUGGCAACAUUAUCACUAUUAAGCUCAGCUUACAAACAUAUUCAUAGUUAAGAGGUGUUAUAGCACACUGAGCUGCAAUUAUGCACGCUCAAAGAUAUUGCACUAUAGCGCCGAUGCCAAGAUAUUUUUGAGUGCAGUUGCGGCAGACGACUGUAUAAAGACAUGAGAUAAUAUGUUGUUUGUUAGGCGCCAGUCGUCGAUUUGCGGAAAAUCGCCCGAAUACAAUGUUAUUUAUAUUAAUAUCUUAAUUAUACAGUCGAUGCGUUACAAUUGAGCCAAUACAUUUACUUUAUAUUCUUCAGGCAUUGAUUUGUAACACUUAAGGAUUUAAGUUCCUAUAAAGCUACAUUACAAGUUACUAUUUACCAAGACUAAACCGACAAUGCCGAUCAAAAAGCGGUCUAAUCACUGGUCAAGCAAGUGUCAAUUGCAUUAAUGUUGCCGGUAUACACCUGUAAAAUUAUAACUUGUAGGUACUUUUGUAAAAUAGAUCCCGGAUUUGAAGUAAACCAAUAAACAGCUGUUGCGAUAGACUCAUCCUUUUUCUACUGUUGCAAACUGAAUCGUUGACUCAUGUUUGUAUUGUUCUUUAUACUCAAUAAGUACUUGGCUAUAGUGUGAUGCGUCAUUACCCCAAUUUACAAUGUUAAACACGAGGUGUUUAUUUUAUAAUAUAUAUAUAUAUAUAUAUAUAACUAAACAGUUAUAAAGUUAUUAGUACGAGUACACUAAUUUUUAAGGGAAGUCACCGGGGAUAACAAUGAUUAUUUCAAUCUAUGGAUAGUUUUCCGCAUGUGGAUAUUAAGUUCGGGAUAAUACACUUCCACAUCUUGCAAUAAGCAUGUUAUUAAUUAGUAUUUUUUUCGCUCACUCUGUAUUACACGUCCAAAAUAUCAACUUAUUCUAGUUCAAAUUCAAGACGUUACUCGUUUAAUGGUUUUGUUGACACUUUACUGUUAUUUUCGUUUAAAACAUUGUGUAAGUAUGAUAUUAUGACCUUACGCCUACUUACAUUUUACUUAGUUGCAUUUUUAAAUGCUAAAUCCAUAAAGUUUGUUAUUUAAGUACCUUAACAUUGGUUUAAUGUUGUUUAUAUAUAGGGAUAUUAUAUCUAUCACUGUCAAUUCAUUUAUCGAAGAGUUAGAGAUCACAGUAAAACAAUGCCAAUUCAUUGUUCAGUGGCUCGCAUCGCAUAUAUAUAUAAUCCAUAGAACACUAGAUUAAUCCAUAAAACUGUAGUUCUAACUAAAGUCUUUAGAAGACCAUAUUUAACCAAAUUUUAUAGUAAUACAUCUAUUAAUAACUAAUAAAAUGAAAAAUACGUACGAACUGACACUGGGCAGAAGUGACUUCACUUGAGGUACGUGCUGGUGAGACCUAAACAAUAGUUUAACUAUUUUUGAAAAUAACUGAUUCGCCUGCGUACUGACUACACUUUUAUAAAUUUGGGCUCAUGGCGAUCGAAAAUUGUCGAUCACGCAGGCGCACCAGAACGGUAGGAGUCUAACUCUUCCAUAGUUUCCAAAAACUCGUGUUGCCAACUACAUUGAUGCACUAUAGAUGUAAUCUUCUUAUAAGGUUGUAGUCGAAAUAGUCUAGGUUAAUCAGUAGUUAACUCCUACCUACUCUAAAGAAGGUAGAAGAAGUAGAUAUCUAAGUUUUUGUACGUGGUAAGAGUGAGCAAGCAAAAUCAAUUCACAUAUGACAAACAUGCCAAAUUGUUUGAUCUCAGCGCCCACAAAUGUACGCGUUUCUACUCCAGCCCGUACGCUUAACGCAUUCACUGCCAGCACUCGCCAGGCGGGCGCUCAGUCCGUAGACGCUUUUCGCUACAUACGCAUUUUCCCAUGUUAUCGGCUACGCUCGUAGCACGCGCUGGCACUGAAUGUGUUAAAGGCAGUAGCCAAAAUCCAGCUUAUUCUGAGUAUUAUUUACAAUAUUUAUAUUUGCAUAAGUAUGCUUUAUCAAUAUUUACAUUGAGACAUUCCAAUAAUAAUGUAGGUAGUAUGAUUUAUUAUUUAAGUUUUAUAGAAAUGGUGUCACCCAAUGAUGGCGGCCAAUUCAUCGUUUUGUAGACAACCGUUUUAUAAAUAUUAGCAUAAUGAUGGACACUUUUUUUAUGUGAUGCAGGGAUAGUUAAUCGAGUCUUGCAGCAAAUAACAGUACUUAUUAGAUUAUUAGUUUAUGCAAUAUUUUGUAUAAUUUUAAGAAAAAAUAUUUUACUUUGUAGUUCGUAUUUCGGGUGAAUACUCAUUUUUUAGACUUCGUUACGAUGUCGUGUCUUUACACCACUCCCUUACUAUGUGAUGCAAAACUAGCGACUCAAUUUCGGCAGCUUAAUCACCUUAACAAAUUAUAUACCAAACUUUCCUCCAGAAUCACUCUAUUGAUAGGUAAAAACCGCAUAAAAAUCCGUUCAGUAGCUUCUGAGUUUAUCGCGAACAUUUGUUUUACAAAGUGUAAUGAUACAUCCAUGUGAUGUCACUUAUCGUGUCAGUAUUUACUUAGAUAUCAUUAUUAAAUUAAAAGAAGAAACAGUUAAGUGUUUGAACCGAAAUCAACCAUUACUGUACCUACAUUAUGAUACAAGUGUGCUACGUUAGUCAUUACACUGGAUGGUCAUUACACGCGAGCUGUAAGCGAACGCGCAAUAAGAAAUCCAAUGUGUGUAAUGACCAAUCCACACGUGUUUCAUACAUUUUUAAAUACAGUAAAAGUACCAUUUAAAAAAAGUGUCAAUUUACCACACAAGUUCGAUAAUUAUAAUGAAAAAAGCACGCGGGCAUCAAGCAAGCAUCUAAGAUUAUGAGCAUAAAAACUGUUCAAUGAAGCUCUGGUUUCCUAGGAUAGCGGUGCCGUCAUAUAGCGGCCGUAAUAGUGGUGAAUGACGUCACUAAGAACGUUGUCUAUGUAAACAAAAUGGCGCAUUAUCCCAGAGAGCGGUGAUUUUUUUAAAUAAAUAAAUAAAUAAUAAAAUUCCACGUUACGAGCAAUUGAAAAUUAAUUUGGUCAGCACAAAAAUAAUUUUCUUGCAAUAAAUAAAGAACUGAUCUCGACAUACCAGAGUAAAAACGGCAAUUUGAGUUUUGGACUCUUAUAAUAAAAGAAAGUCCGAAUUUUAUAAAUUGGCUUGAACAGUUUUAAGUGUAGUGAAAUUGGAUUGAAUAUUUCGAGGUGUCUUUUAGAUGUGUAAAGUCGGUGAAGCUGAAAAUGGCACUGUAUGUUGUAUGGUGCCUGCAAUACGGACCCAUCUCAUAAAGUUUUUUUUUUAGAUAAUUUUAUUAUUUUUAAGAAGUUAAGGUUUUUUCUCAAAAACAUGAGUUUUGAGAUGUGGCCGUAUUACAGACACAAUAGGACGUCUCUGAUCUACAACGGCACUUAUUUCGGUGGUAACAAGGUAUAAUUUUCAAACAUAAGCUGACAACCUAAGUCCAAAGUUACCGCGUCACGUACGGAUCCACGACUCAGUGACUGAUUAUUUGGCUGGAUAUCAUUUCUGUUUUAACUAUGUCUAACUGCAUGUCAUGCGAGUCAUGUCACUGCACUUUUAAAGCGACCAAUAUUCUAAUUACCUAAUUAAGAGCCCUAUCUAUUUUCAAUUUUUUACUAUAGUUGUAUAAUAUAAUAUCGCAUGGAGUAGCUCAGCAUAGGAAAGUAUUGUUUGUGAAAACCAUGACUUAUUAUUUCUAUAUUAUUGUUGUAUUCAUAAUAUUUUUUAGAGUUAUAAUUGGUUAUGAAUGAAAAUAUUUUAUUUUAUAACUUAAUGUUGCAAAGUAUAAAAAUCGCACGAUUUCAAUAUUUUAAUAUAUUUGUAUACAGUAUUUGAGCUGAUGUCCGUUAUUUUAUUUUUUUACGAUUUAAGUUAACAUUGCUUUGAAAUUAACUGCUGAAUAAGAUGAAAAGCAAUCGACACAUGUCAAAGACACCUGUCUAGGCCAUCGUUAAUAAUUACCUGACAAAAGCAAUAAAAUGUUUAGAUAAUUAUUAAAUCUUGCCGGCAAAUUAUUGUAUUUUCAUAAUAUGUAUUAGCAACAAUAAACUACUUAUUAAAAUUUUAGAAAAUAAACUACACUGUUUAAAA